ACAAGUUGUUCCCUUCUAUGUACAGAUUCUUCAAAAGCUUUGAACCAACUUUUUUGCUUAAACUAUGGCAUGAGGCUGAGGAUCCAUUAUUGAGUAAAGAAGAUAUCAUCAAGAAUGCUCCGGAAGGCAUUCCCAUGGACCAAUGGGCAUUGUAUGUUAACUAUCGUUCAAAAGAGGAAACAAAGGCGCUUUGCUUGAGAAAUCAACGGAUUCGAGGACAACAAACACUUCCCCAUACUAGUGGUGCUAUGAGUUUGGAUAGAAGAAGGGAUUUGAUGAAGAAAAUGGGGAAAGAAGUUGAUCGAGGUAAAGUGUGGACUGAGACUCAUAAGAGGAAAGAUGGGAGUUAUGUGAAUGAUCAAGCUAGGGAGAUUGGGGAAAGAAUUGAAGAAAUUCGAAGACAGAGACCAGAAACUCUGGCAGAAAUUUCACUAAAUGAUGCGCUUGGUGUAGUCUUCGGUCCCGAGCACCCUGGCCGUAUUCGAGGCUUAGGCAUGGGUGCAGUUCCAACUGUAGUAUUCAAGCAAAUAUCACGCCGAGGUGGUUGUUCUUAUAUGGGCUCAUCUAGCGCUAGUGCUCCACCUCCACAAUGGGUGCAAGAGAUGGCAAAUAUGAGAUCACAAUUAAAUGCGCUAACUAGCUUAUUUCAAAUGAAAAUAGGAAUUAUCCCGAGGAGUUUGCUCACUUAUUUCCGACUCCUCCAUAGGUACAAGUAUUUAUUUUUUCUUUGUUUGCCCAUUCAAUUUGACAAUAUGUUUAAAGUUAGAUUGGAAUCUAUUAUCAGAUAAUUUUGUUUAUUAUG